UUUAUGGUCCAUCAAUACAUAAGUUGAGUGCGUUCGUGGGUACGUCACAACUGUCAUUGUGGUUGCUGUCAUUUUGUAAGAAGAAUUUAUGACCAAAAAAUGUUCGGUUGUUGUUGGUGUUGCUCCGCAUUACGUCCAAGAUAUAAGAGGCUUGUUGACAAUAUCUUUCCAGUUAAUCCUCAGGAUGGUUUAAUUAAAAAUAAUAUGGAAAAACUAACAUUUUAUUCAUUGAGCAGCCCUGAAAAGUUGGAUAGGAUUGGGGAAUACUUAUUCCAACGAGCUUCUAGAGAUAUUUACAGGAGAAGAAAUGGUUUUGUUGUAAUUGCUAUGGAAGCAAUGGAUCAGCUUCUAGUGGCAUGUCAUGCACAAACUUUGAAUCUAUUUAUUGAAAGUUUCUUAAAGAUGGUACAGAAAUUGUUAGAAUCCACAGAUCCACAAUUACAAAUUCUUGCAACACAAUCUUUUGUUAGAUUUGCCAACAUUGAAGAAGAUACACCUUCGUAUCAUACACGUUAUGAUUUCUUUGUAUCAAAAUAUUCCGCAAUGUGUCAUUCUAAUAAUGAUGAUUCUAUUAUACGCAAACAAAUAAGACUUGCUGGUAUUCAAGGACUACAGGGGGUUGUGAGAAAAACUCUGUCUGAUGAUUUGGUUGAGAAUAUUUGGGAACCUGUACAUAUGGACAAAAUUGUACCAUCAUUGCUGUAUAAUAUGCAAAAUUCAAGAUAUGUUGAUAAGGAACAUGCAAUGCCAGAUAGCCCGACUGAAGAACGAUCAGAUCCACCACAAUUUGCAGAAACUUGUAUGCGAGAAUUGAUCGGACGUGCAUCGUUUGGUCAUAUUAGAUGUGUUAUAAGACCUGUAUUAAGACACUUGGAUAAUCACCAAUUAUGGGUGCCUAAUUAUUUUGCAAUUCAUACUUUUAGAAUAAUUAUGUUUUCUAUUCAGUCACAAUAUUCUUACACUGUAGUAGAAGCUUUAAUGACACAUCUUGACGAUCAUUCAAAGUCAUCCCCAAAAAUUCGCACCAGCAUAGCAGAUACCUUGUCUAAAAUUAUAUCGAUUGCUGCAGGUGAAAGUGUUGGACCAUCUGUAUUAGAAAUUAUAAAUUCUUUGUUAUCUCAUCUUCGGGUAAGUGUAACAAGAAAUCAAUCAUCAAGCAAUGAUGAGCAAUUAUACCAAGAAGCCCUCAUUAAUGCUCUUGGAGAGUUUGCAAAUCAUCUUCCAGAUUACCAGAAAAUUGAAAUUAUGAUGUUUAUUAUGAGCAAAGUUCCAUAUAGUCAACCAGAUCGUAUUGUGUCAGUUGGCAAAGGAGACGUAUUACUCCAAAGUAUACUCUUAAAAUCGUUGUUGAAGGUUGGUACCAAAUACCAAACUAUUCAUUUAAACACGACAUUUCCACCUAGUUUUUUGGAUCCAUUACUAAGAAUGUCAUUAGCAGCAGAUGCUGAAAUGAGACUUUUAGUACAAAAAAUAUUCCAUACUUUAAUUGAUAGACAUCGUAAUAUUAUGAAACUUGCUAAACCAACUGUGAAUAUGGUGGAACUUGGCCUUGUUAUUGAGAAAGCAUCUAGACCCGAUGUAAUUUUUAUUCGAAAACAUGGUCCUGAGAUCUAUUUAGCAUUAUAUGAAUCAUUAGAGCUGUCUAGUAAUACUGUAGAAAAUGUGGAAUCUAUUUAUACUACAUUGGCAUUACUUGCCAUUGAAUUAGCUUCUGAAGAAACUAUCUUAGAAUUAUUGAGAUUGGUGUUGAGCCUUCAAGAUUUAGCAUUAACAAGUGGUCAAAUUAGUCUUUCAUUAAAAUUUAACUUACAUGCAACAGUUAUUAGCUUAUUAGUUUUAAUAUCGUACGUCUGUAAUAUUACCGUACUUAUGGAUUAUGCAGAAAAGGUAGUGGACGCACGUCGAAAAGAUAGCCCACAUUUAUUACCAGACUUACAGUCACAAUAUGACGCUGCUCUGACAUCCAGAUUAACACCAGCUGUAUUAGUUGAUCAAACAGUUGUUAGUGAAUGCUUAAAAGGAGUUGGACUUGAUAGUGGAAAACUCCAACAAGGCUCGGGUUAUAGUAGUAAUUCUUUACAACACAGGCAUUCUUGGGUUGACAGUGCUGGACGGAAUUCAUUAGCCGAUAUUAAUUCUGGAGGUCAAGAAUUGGAUAGUGGAGGCUCAUCACCUAGUGUGCAAAAGAAACUACCUGGAGAAGAACUAACAUUUGAAAGCAUGAAAAGAAUCUUGACAGAAAAUAAUAAUAAUUAUAUAGUAGAAGAAGAAAAACGAAUGCAACUUUCUCAGUUUUUCAGAAAUGCACCAUUCCAAGAUUUAGUGUCGAAAACACAACCUAAGCACGAUGUUUUACAGAGUAAAUUAUCAGAAAUAUUUAAUACUUUAUCUGUUGAACCACGCAACACAGUUUCUACAACUGGACAACAAACGGAUGCUAAACCAAGUCAAACCCCAUCUUAUGAAAUUCAUUUUCCUGAAUUGUUUGUAUAUUAAACCAUUAUUGUAUAUUAAGCUACUAUUUUUGUUGGAAGUUUGUUAGAGCAUUAGCUAAAUGUUAGUAUUGUAUUAGAACUUGCACAUGUUACAAUAAGAGCAAUUGCUCAUAAUCUUUAAAAAAAUGACUCGUGUAUAUAGCAAAAA